AUUGUUUGGUAAAGCCAUACACCCAGGAAUGGGAAAAGAUUCAAACUUUACUGAUGAAGAGAGAAAAUCUGAAAUGGGUAUUACUGCAAAGAAUGAGAAUAGCAAUAAGAAGACAAGGAGAAGAAAAAGGUCUUCUAUUUUCCCUAGGUUCGCAUGUAUGAGAUUGGAUGAUGAAGUUUCAGUUGUUGAGACACCUUCUGGUGAAUGUAGUUUUGAUGUGGAAGCUACUCAAAAUGGUCAUGCUCCUCCUCCUCCUCAUUUAGUUGUCAUGGUUAAUGGCCUUAUUGGCAGUGCAGAUGAUUGGAGAUAUGCUGCCAAGCAAUUUGUGAAGGCCUAUUCACGCGAUGUCAUUGUUCAUUGCAGUGACUCUAAUUGUUCGACGUUGACAUUCGAUGGUGUUGACAUAAUGGGGACAAGACUAGCUGAAGAGGUAUUAUCUGUUAUAAAGCAGCAUCCACAUCUACAGAAGAUUUCUUUUGUUUGUCACUCCCUGGGUGGCCUGGUAUCUAGAUAUGCAAUUGCGAAGCUAUAUGAACAAGGAUCUGCAAGAAGAGCUUGUGGAGAAGAGAUGGAAUGUAGCCUUAAUGGUUCCACUGAUUCGUGUGUGGAAGAGGUAUCGAAAAGAAAAAUUGCAGGGUUGGAACCUGUGAACUUUAUAACCUGUGCAACACCACAUCUCGGUUGUAGGGGGCACAAACAGGCUCCAGCAUUCUGUGGGUUAUACACACUUGAAAAAGUUGCAUCGAGUUCCUCAUGGUUACUUGGAAGAAGUGGAAGGCAUCUCUUUCUGAAAGAUUGUGAUGAAGGGAAACCUCCUCUUCUUCUUCGAAUGGCCAGUGAUUCUGAAGAUCUGCCAUUUAUAUCUGCUUUGCAGUCAUUUAAGCGUCGUGUGGCCUACGCAAAUACAAGUUUUGACUAUCUUGUUGGGUGGAGUACAUCAUCUUUGCGGCGCAGAAAUGAGCUUCCAAAGCGUCGAAACUUGAAAAAAGGGGAUAAAUACCCACAUAUUGUAAAUGUAGAUGAGGCAACAAGUGUUAGUAAUCAAGAAGAAACACCUACUGAGGCCAAAAUAAAUGGACGCAAGUCUAACGAAAUGGAAGAGGCAAUGAUCAGAGGUUUAACAAGGUUGAGCUGGGAACGAGUUGAUGUUAGCUUCAAAGGAAGUAAACAAAGAUACUUUGCACACACAACAAUUCAGGUAACGAAUUAUUGCUUUAAUUCUGAUGGAGCAGAUGUUAUACAACACAUGAUCGACAAUUUUGCUGUAUAGAAGUAGGGAAGUUGCUGUAUUUAAAACACCAUAUUGGGUGGAGGCCUGUGUAAUUUACAGAGCCUGCUGCAUAAAUUGUAGAGGGAUACAUGCAUAUGAAUUCGAUAUAUAGAGAUGAUACGUCAAAGUUCAAGUUAGGUGUAUCAUUGUUAUAGAACAACAACAACAACAAACCCAGUGUAAUCUCACAAGUGGGGUUUGGGGAGGAUAGUGUGUAUGCAAAUGGAAAGGGAGAGGGAUUGUUUCCAAUAAACCUUCGGUUCAAUGAAAGAUGAAAAAAAGAUCAUUGUUAUUAGAGCAUAUAGAGCAAAUUAUUUGUAUAGUUUUUGGGCUCCAAUUUGGACAUGUAGUUCAUGCAGUUACCUCUCUUCAAAUGUAAUGAUAAUGUGUACUUCCUCUAUUCAAUAUAAAUAAAUGAUGUGAUUCAAAGAA